UAUUACCCAUGGACAAAAUGUUCAAAUGAAUUAAUUUCCAUAUUGGCAUGUGUUGAAGCUAAUUUCCAUCUCGCAUCGAUGUAAUUUGUUUAAUGAACAAUAACAAACAAAAUAAUAAUAACAACAACAGCGAUAUGACAAUAAUUUUUCCUCGAGUGUAUGCCGCACAAAUAAACAGAAUGUUUAUCAUGGACAGCAACUGAACAGAUGGUCAGUAGUAUUUAGAGAACGCCACAGAAUAGACAGACGGUUGGUUAGUCAAAGAACCAAAAAAAAAAAAAAAAAGAAAAAACCUCCAACGAAACGAAGCAAAACAAAACAUUAGUCGUCCCAUUGAAGAACAAAAAAAAAAAAAGAAUAACAAAUUGUCUAUUACAUUAAAAACAAAUUUGAUUAGGAAAAAAAGGGAGAGAAAAAGAAGUAGACAACUGGAAAAUUGUUAUAGAAUUGUGUGCGUGCGUGAAAAGUUGCAAUUUUGAUUUGAAAGAAUUUUGUUUUGAAAAGAAAAAAGAAACUAACAACGAAAAUGACGGCGCCUAGAAAUUUAUCCAAAUACCUAAUGAUGGUUCGUCCAAAUUAUGCUAAUAAAAGGAAGGAAACGAACAGCAAGACAUCGCAAACGGACGAAGAGAAACAGCGCGAUCGGCAACGCAGCGAAAGGGAGGCUAAAAAAGAAGAACAGGACGCGAUAAAUUAUAAGAGAGACAAAGACGCCCGUGAAGCCCGUUUAUUGGAUUUUGAGAUACGACGGCAGCAGGAACGCGAAAAGAAAAAAGAAGAGCAAAAGAUUUUACACCAACAGCAUCAGCAGUUGCGUGAACAACAACAUCAGCAGCAGCAACAACAACAGCAAAGUGGUGAAAGUCCUCCUACCACCUCUACCUUAGCUCAGCAACAACAGCAGCAACAACAACAACAACAGCAGCAGCAACAGCAAGACGAAGAAGAUCCUGAAAAGCAACAUCUCAUCGGUGGCAGCAGCAGUGCUCCAACACCGAUCAUACCAACACCACCAGAACGUGGUCUGCCACCAGCGUUUCGCAGUCGUUCCAUAGAACGUGAAUAUCUCUACGAAAGAAAGCGACAACUAUCGACAGCCGAUACACACGACUAUAAAAAGCCGCUAAGUACGACACCAUCGCCACAGGCAAUAACUGGACCACCACCGCCUCCUACACCAUCAGCAGCGGUGGUGGCGGGCCCACCGGCAACGGCUGCAGCUGCCACAGCUGCUAUAAUCCCUAUUCUACCAUUAGGGGUUGCCACGCUACGUGAUGACUCCACCGAAUCGGAAGAACAGUCCAUGACAUGCACUCAUGGCCAUGCGGAGUCAUGUCAUCGCAUUAUGUGA